AUGCCAAGCCAGUUCGAGAUGGCUUGCGAUGACCCACGCUUUGUUUUUGACUCCCUGUUGGGCAUCGGUCUGUUCGAGGGACAUCCUAUCAUCCAGGUCGCCAGCAAUGGUCAGAUCGUGCUGGAUGUGCCACAGUCCUUCGAGAGCAUUUUUGAUGCCAUGCUGGGGAGUUCCACCACCGAAGCAUGGAAGAUCUCCUUUUCAUGCAAGGUCUUUGGCGUCUUUGCUGAUCCCAACCUGCCAACCAUUUCAGCAGGUUUGUCCAUGACAAUCCGGGACACGACCUGCUGGGCGCAGGAC